GUGCAAUCCACGUGGCUGAAUCAGAGCCGGCUAAUGGGAUGUUUCGAGCAGAACGCACCGUAUUAAGCCAAACUAGAACCAGGAACAGGAAAGCCUUUUUUUCAAACCUGUGAUUCUCCGCUUCUUUGCCAAAGCUUGUUGUCUAUAACACAGGUGUAGGAGUUGUGAGAUGGUAUAAACUGCUUGGUUGUUUAUAGCAACAUUAGCCAUUGUUAAGUGUUACCCGCGCAGUGUGCUGAUUUUUCAGGACUACUGGCAUCUUCUAGUGUCUCAAUUCCAGUUCGGCAAUGGCUCUUGCUGGUUCCUUGCGAUUGUCCUAUGAUUUGGGACUUUGCAAGAACCAGAGGUACAAGAAACAAUAUAAGAUUACACUCAGCAGGGACAAACUAUCAUUAUUGAAUAGCACACUCUCGUCCCGUGCUUCGUUUUGCCAAUGGGAUCCUUGGAGCAUCCAUUUAUCAGACAAUUUAUGCAGACCCAUAUUCCCUGUGUCAUAUAGAAGUAAUGCAUUUAGGUGUCGUUCUUUUCUAGUUCCAGGUCAAACAUUUCAUCUUCCUGGCUUGAAGUCAACUUCCAUGGCAUUGACACGGUCACUUAAAGCGUUACAAAGCAGUCCUGCCAUAUUGAAGUUGGCUCCUGCAAUUGGUGUUAUCAUAUUUGCUAUAUGGGGACUUGGGCCACUCGUGCGUCAGAGCAGAAAGUUGCUACUAAAUAAGAAUGAUAACAGUUGGAAAAAGAGUGGCACAUAUUAUGUUAUGACCUCUUAUGUUCAACCUUUGCUGCUGUGGACUGGUGCAAUACUUGUAUGCAGAGUGCUGGAUCCUGUAGUUCUGCCUACAGAAGCUAGUGAGGUUGUUAAGCAGAGGCUUUUGAAUUUUGUAAGAUCAUUAUCAACUGUGCUGGCUUUUGCCUAUUGUUUAUCAAGUGUCAUUCAACAAGCUCAGAAAUUCUUCAUGGAGUCUAAUGAGCCAAGUGAUACAAGAAAUAUGGGUUUCCAAUUUGCAGGAAAAGCAGUGUACUCUGCAGUGUGGGUGGCUGCUGUUUCACUUUUCAUGGAGUUGCUGGGUUUCUCUACUCAGAAGUGGCUCACUGCUGGGGGUCUUGGGACGGUUUUGCUGACCCUUGCUGGCCGUGAGAUAUUCACAAAUUUCCUCUCAAGUGCAAUGAUUCAUGCAACUCGACCCUUUAUUGUGAAUGAGUGGAUUCAAACAAAGAUUGAAGGCUAUGAAGUUUCUGGUACUGUUGAGCAUGUGGGUUGGUGGUCGCCAACAAUCGUGAGAGGUGAAGAUCGUGAAGCAGUUCAUAUUCCAAACCACAAGUUCACAGUGAAUGUUGUGAGGAAUCUCAGUCAAAAAUCACAUUGGCGUAUUAAAACCCACCUGGCCAUUAGUCACUUGGAUGUUCACAAGAUUAACAAUAUUAUCGCUGAUAUGCGAAAAGUCUUGGCUAAGAACCCACAAGUUGAGCAGCAGAGGUUGCAUAGAAGAGUCUUUUUGGAUAAUAUCAAUCCAGAAAAUCAGGCUCUCCUGAUUUUGAUAUCCUGUUUUGUGAAGACCUCACAUUUUGAAGAAUAUCUCUGUGUUAAGGAAGCUAUACUGUUGGACCUUCUAAGGGUCAUCAGCCAUCACCGAGCUAGACUUGCCACGCCAAUUAGAACUGUUCAGAAGAUAUAUAGUGACACUGAUUUGGAAAAUGUUCCAUUUGCGGAUUCUAUCUAUAGCCGAGGUGGAAUGCCAUCCAACCGUCCUUUGCUAUUAAUUGAACCUUCUUACAGAAUCAAUGGAGAAGAUAAAGCAAAAUCUCAAGCUCGUUCUGGCAGAGGAGUUGGAGACCAAGAAAAUAGGGGUGCACCGAGGUCUGCAUCUGACACCAAAACUGGAGGUAGCCCAAAGUCAGACCCCAAGGCCAAAGAAACACAAAAAUCUGAAAAUAAGGUGGAUGCCAGAACUGGGGAGACACCAAAUUCCCAUGCCAAGGAUAACAUACAAGCUACAACAGCAUCCACCUCUGAUCCCAAGAUAGGGGAUAAAACGCCAGUGAAAUCAACACCCAAUUCUGUCCCGAAGACAUCAAACUCUGCAGAAGCAUCAAGUUCUGAAUCCAAAGCAGCAGGCUUAGUUUCCAAUAAUGUGCCACAAAACAAAAAGAUCAGCAACCAGCCUAAGAGUGUGAGUCCUGGGAGACAGAAUAGCCAGUCUGAUAAUCCUUCAGUUUCCUUAAAAGAAGCUGGUACUGACAAAGCAAGUGGAUUGCAGCAAUCAUCCCAAUUAAAACAGGGAGCUGAGAGACAAUCAGUCACUCAGCCCUCAGUGUCAAGACCUGCAUUAGAGGAAAAUCUUGUUCUUGGUGUCGCUUUGCAGGGCUCAAAGAGAACCCUUCCCAUUGACGAAGUCAUGAAUUCCCAUUCAACUUCAGAAGAGGCAAAAGAAAUGGCUGCUGCUGCAGGCAGAAAUGGAGCUGCAUCUCCAACUGGUGAGAAGGAUGGGAAAGAUGAUUGUCAAAAUCAAACCCCUCCUAGUUCUACAUCUGCCAACCAGUGAAAAUUAUGUGAAUUCAUCUUUGCCGAUAUACUAACUUUUGCCCUUCUGAACUGCUAACCUUUUGUAUUGGAACCUUCAAUUUCUCCAUGAUUAUUGCGAUUAUACUUUGUUUCUCUUCACAUUGUUUAUACAGCAUAUAGAAAUGUACCAUUUUCUAAGCUGUAAAUGAUUUUAUUUGUAAAUUAAUCAGUUAAUAACUUGAUUGGC